GGAAAGAGGAAGGAGGCGGAGGCUGGCGCAUGAGAGCGGCUGUGCAGCGACUCAUGAAGGUCUUCGUGACGCGGCGGAUCCCCCCGGAGGGGCUGGCGGCCCUCCACAAGGCGGGAGACUGCAGUGUCCAACUGUGGGAUUCAGAUGAGCCAAUCCCCCAGUCUGAGUUGUUGAAAGGAGUAGCCGGCAAGGAUGGUCUCUUCUGUCUCUUGUCAGAUCGGAUAGACAAGGAGGUCCUGGAUGCAGCAGGGCCAUCCCUGAAAGUAAUCAGCACAUUGUCUGUAGGAUAUGACCAUCUUGCUAUUCCUGAAAUUAAAAAACGUGGGAUCCGUGUGGGCUACACGCCAGACAUCCUGACUGAUGCCACUGCUGAGCUCACUGUGGCUUUGCUCCUAGCAACGUCUCGCAGGCUGCCAGAAUCCGUGGUGGAAGUGAAGAAUGGUGGCUGGACAACAUGGAAGCCCCUCUGGAUGUGUGGCUAUGGACUUUCUGGCAGUACUGUUGGAAUUAUUGGACUGGGGAGAAUAGGCCAUGCUGUCGCACGUCGCCUGAAACCUUUUGGAGUUACAAAGUUUUUGUAUACAGGACGUCAUCCCAGACCUGAAGCUGCUGCUGAACUGAAUGCAGAGUUUGUACCACUUGCGAAGCUGGCAGAAGAAUCGGACUUUGUCAUUGUAACAUGUUCCCUGACACCUGACACCCAAGGGAUGUGCAAUCGGGACUUCUUUGGCAAGAUGAAGAAGACAUCUGUGUUCAUCAACACAAGCAGGGGUGCUGUGGUCAAUCAAGAUGACCUUUACGAAGCUUUAGUCAAUGGCCACAUUGCAGCAGCUGGUCUAGAUGUUACAACCCCAGAACCCUUGCCAACGAAUAAUCCACUUCUUUCUCUCAAGAACUGUGUCAUUUUGCCACAUAUCGGAAGUGCCACCUAUGCUACAAGGAACACUAUGUCAGUGUUGGCUGCCAACAAUCUUCUGGCUGGCUUGAGAGGAGAGAGCAUGCCAAGUGAACUCAAGCUGUGAGAUACAAUGCAAGAUUGUGGAUUUUCACUUUUUGCCCCCGCUGGUGUUUAAAUAAAACAUAAUCUUCCCAACCAA